UCAUUCAUAGCUCCCCCAGAAAAGAGCUAGAGUACUACAACAAUGGCUUCAGAGAAGGUUGAGACUGUUGUAGCUGGAAACUACGUGGAGAUGGAGAGGGAAGAAGCCGAUUCGAAAUCCACCAACAACAAACUGUCCAAGAUGUUCUGGCAUGGUGGCUCUGUCUAUGAUGCUUGGUUCAGCUGUGCUUCUAACCAGGUUGCACAAGUGCUUCUCACACUUCCAUACUCAUUUUCACAACUUGGAAUGUUAUCUGGGAUUCUGUUCCAACUCUUCUAUGGAUUGAUGGGAAGCUGGACUGCUUACCUUAUCAGUGUUCUCUAUGUUGAGUACAGAACCAGAAAAGAAAGAGAAAAAGUUGAUUUCAGGAAUCAUGUCAUUCAGUGGUUUGAAGUUCUUGAUGGGUUGUUGGGGAAGCACUGGAGGAAUAUAGGCCUGUUUUUCAACUGCACAUUCCUUCUUUUUGGAUCUGUGAUUCAGUUAAUUGCCUGUGCAAGCAACAUCUACUACAUAAAUGACAAUCUUGACAAGAGGACAUGGACUUACAUCUUCGGAGCCUGUUGCGCGACGACUGUGUUCAUACCUUCAUUCCAUAAUUACAGAAUCUGGUCAUUCUUAGGCCUUAUGAUGACUACUUACACUGCUUGGUAUCUCACCAUUGCUUCCCUACUCCAUGGACAGGUUGAGGGGGUGAAGCACUCUGGACCAACAAAAAUGGUUCUGUACUUCACUGGAGCUACCAACAUUCUUUACACCUUUGGUGGACAUGCUGUCACAGUGGAGAUUAUGCAUGCUAUGUGGAAGCCACAGAAGUUCAAGAUGAUAUACUUGAUAGCAACACUCUAUGUGUUAACUCUCACACUACCAUCAGCCUCUGCUGUGUAUUGGGCAUUUGGGGACAUGCUUCUUACACAUUCUAAUGCUUUUGCUUUGCUACCAAGGAAUGGAUACAGAGAUACUGCUGUCAUUCUCAUGCUCAUUCAUCAGUUCAUAACAUUUGGGUUUGCUUGUACUCCUCUGUACUUUGUGUGGGAGAAAGCAAUUAGGGUUCAUGAGACACCAAGUUUGUUCAAGAGAGCAAUUGCUAGACUUCCUGUGGUUAUCCCAAUAUGGUUCCUUGCAAUUGUAUUCCCAUUCUUUGGCCCUAUAAACUCAACUGUUGGAUCUCUCCUUGUUAGCUUCACAGUUUACAUAAUUCCUGCUCUAGCACACAUGAUUACUUUCAUUUCUCCGGCCGCUCGAGAGAAUGCUGUGGAGAGACCACCAAAAGUUGUAGGAGGUUGGGCAGGGUUGUACACAAUGAACAUAUUUGUGGUGGUAUGGGUUUUUGUGGUGGGAUUUGGAUUUGGUGGAUGGGCAAGCAUGGUCAAUUUUGUCAGACAGAUUAAUACAUUUGGGUUAUUCACUAAAUGCUAUCAAUGUCCACCUCACAAGGCUUGAGUGAGGAACAAAAAUAAUACAAGUUAACAGUUAAUUAAGUAUUUUUUUAAGAACACCCGAAUCACUAGUUGGAGUGAUGAGGAUUAUGUGUAUCACAUUAACGAUCAGGUUCGGAUCAGGGUUCGAAUUUCUCUGUUCGUUUCAAAAAAAAGAGUACUUUUUAAAGAUACUUAUGUGUGUAAAGGGAUUGGCAUUUGAAAAUUUAUUUCUUUUCUUUUUUAUUGGCUUUUUCAUUGUAUGCCAAUGUUGAUGGGUUCCUCUAAGAAAAAGGUGUGAUGGCAAUCAUGGCCACCCCUCAUAAAGAUCUAUAGUUGUAACCCUCUUUUAAUCUUUAAAUUUAUUUUGAGUGGAUUAAUUAUUC